CGGCGGCGGCGGCGGCUCCGCUCCGCACUGCCCGGCGCCGCCUCGCCAUGGACGCGCGCGGGGGCGGCGGGCGGCCCGGGGAGAGCCCAGGCGCGACCCCCGCGCCGGGGCCGCCGCCGCCGCCGCCGCCGCCGCCGCCGCCCGCGCCCCCCCAGCCGCAGCCGCCGCCGCCGCCGCCCGCACCCCCCCCGGGCCCCGGGCCCGCGCCCCCCCAGCAGCCGCCCCCGCCCGAGGCGGCGGCCCCGGAGGCGGCGGCGGGGACGGACGAGGGCGGCCCGCGGGCCCGGCUCCGCAGCCGCGACAGCUCGUGCGGCCGCCCCGGAACCCCGGGCGCGACGAGCGCCGCCAAGGGCAGCCCGAAUGGCGAGUGCGGGCGCGGCGAGCCGCAGUGCAGCCCCGCGGGGCCCGAGGGCCCGGCGCGGGGGCCCAAGGUGUCGUUCUCGUGCCGCGGGGCGGCCUCGGGGCCCGCGCCGGGGCCGGGGCCGGCGGAGGAGGCGGGCGGCGAGGAGGCGGGCCCGGCGGGGGAGCCGCGCGGCAGCCAGGCCAGCUUCAUGCAGCGCCAGUUCGGCGCGCUCCUGCAGCCCGGCGUCAACAAGUUCUCGCUGCGGAUGUUCGGCAGCCAGAAGGCCGUGGAGCGCGAGCAGGAGCGCGUCAAGUCGGCGGGGGCCUGGAUCAUCCACCCGUACAGCGACUUCAGGUUCUACUGGGACUUCACCAUGCUGCUGUUCAUGGUGGGGAACCUCAUCAUCAUCCCGGUGGGCAUCACCUUCUUCAAGGACGAGACCACCGCCCCGUGGAUCGUGUUCAACGUGGUCUCGGACACCUUCUUCCUCAUGGACCUGGUGCUGAACUUCCGCACGGGCAUCGUGAUCGAGGACAACACGGAGAUCAUCCUGGACCCCGAGAAGAUCAAGAAGAAAUACCUGCGCACGUGGUUCGUGGUGGACUUCGUGUCCUCCAUCCCCGUGGACUACAUCUUCCUCAUCGUGGAGAAGGGCAUCGACUCCGAGGUCUACAAGACGGCGCGCGCUCUGCGCAUCGUGCGCUUCACCAAGAUCCUGAGCCUCCUGCGGCUGCUGCGCCUGUCGCGCCUGAUCCGCUACAUCCACCAGUGGGAGGAGGUGAGGGAGCCAGGCAUGGUGAACCACUCGUGGAGCGAGCUGUACUCCUUCGCGCUCUUCAAGGCCAUGAGCCACAUGCUGUGUAUCGGGUACGGCCGGCAGGCGCCCGAGAGCAUGACGGACAUCUGGCUGACCAUGCUCAGCAUGAUCGUGGGCGCCACCUGCUACGCCAUGUUCAUCGGCCACGCCACCGCGCUCAUCCAGUCGCUGGACUCUUCACGGCGCCAGUACCAGGAGAAGUACAAGCAGGUGGAGCAGUACAUGUCCUUCCACAAGCUGCCGGCCGACUUCCGCCAGAAGAUCCACGAUUACUACGAGCACCGCUACCAGGGCAAGAUGUUCGAUGAGGACAGCAUCCUGGGCGAGCUCAACGGGCCCCUGCGGGAGGAGAUUGUCAACUUCAACUGCCGGAAGCUGGUGGCCUCCAUGCCGCUGUUCGCCAACGCCGACCCCAACUUCGUCACGGCCAUGCUGACCAAACUCAAGUUCGAGGUCUUCCAGCCGGGCGACUACAUCAUCCGCGAGGGCACCAUCGGGAAGAAGAUGUACUUCAUCCAGCACGGCGUGGUCAGCGUGCUCACCAAGGGCAACAAGGAGAUGAAGCUCUCCGACGGCUCCUACUUCGGGGAGAUCUGCCUGCUCACGCGGGGCCGGCGCACGGCGAGCGUGCGGGCCGACACCUACUGCCGCCUCUAUUCGCUGAGCGUGGACAACUUCAACGAGGUGCUGGAGGAGUACCCCAUGAUGCGGCGCGCCUUCGAGACGGUGGCCAUCGACCGCCUGGACCGCAUCGGCAAGAAGAACUCCAUCCUCCUGCACAAGGUGCAGCAUGACCUCAACUCGGGCGUAUUCAACAACCAGGAGAACGCCAUCAUCCAGGAGAUCGUCAAGUACGACCGCGAGAUGGUGCAGCAGGCCGAGCUGGGCCAGCGCGUGGGCCUCUUCCCGCCGCCGCCGCCGCCGCAGGUCACCUCCGCCAUCGCCACGCUGCAGCAGGCCGUGGCCAUGAGCUUCUGCCCGCAGGUGGCUCGGCCGCUCGUGGGGCCGCUAGCGCUCGGCUCUCCGCGCCUGGUGCGCCGUCCGCCCCCGGGGCCUGCACCUGCUGCCGCCUCGCCGGGGCCCCUGCCCCCCGCCAGCUCCCCAGGCGCGCCCGCCAGCCCCCGGGCACCGCGGACCUCGCCCUACGGCGGCUCCCCCGCCACCCCCCUCGCCGGGCCCGCCCUGCCUGCGCGCCGUCUGAGCCGCGCGUCGCGCCCAUUGUCCGCCUCGCAGCCCUCGCUGCCCCACGGAGCGCCCGGCCCUGCGGCCUCAGCGCGCCCGGCGAGCAGCUCCACGCCGCGCCUGGGGCCCACACCCGCCGCCAGGGCCGCCGCACCCAGCCCGGACCGCAGGGACUCGGCCUCGCCCGGCCCCGCCGGUGGCCUGGACCCCCAGGACUCCGCGCGCUCGCGCCUCUCAUCCAACUUGUGACCCUUGCCCACCGCCCCGCGCGCCCAAGCGGGCCGGGGGCGGGGCCGUCAUCCAGACCAAAGCCAUGCCAUUGCGCUGCCCCGGCCGCCAACCUGCCCAGAAGCCAUAGACAGACGUAGGUAGCCGUAGUCGGACGGACGGGCCGGUGGGGCAGCCCCCUCUGCACCCCCGGCCGUCCCCCCUCAUCGCCCUGCGCCCACCCCCAUCGCCCCUGCCCCCGGCGGCAGCCUCGCGUGCGAGGGGGCUCCCUUCACCUCGGUGCCUCAGUUCCCCCAGCUGUAAAAUGGAUGGGGCAGCCCAGUGGCCAAGAAGAGCCCGCUGUGGAGCCCCCCCAACCCCCCAAGGUGGCCCGCUGUCCGAUGAGGAUUGUUUUCUAAGUGCAAUACUCGGCCCGCUGGCUUCCCGCUGCCCCCAUCGCGCUCACGCAAUAACCGGCCCAGCCCCGUCACCUGGCG